UGAGUCCCCCGGCAGUAACCAUGGUAAAAGGUCGCCGUCGCUGGCGACGACCUUGGGCUUUCUUCCGGUCGAUUUUUCAAUCCCUUCCCCAUUGGGGUCCUCGAGCAUCCGCAAACAAGCCUUUGGAUCCACCUUCCUCCACACAUGCUCCUACAAGCCAUGGGCUGGGGAUAGCUCUCCCUUCGACGGUGAUUGAAAACAUGGGUGAAGCAAUUGUGGCUGCUGCGGGAGUGGAUUCAUCGGUCGCAAGCGGGACACCAAGCCCCACGGUCACCGUACACUACACCUGUGCUGAGAACAACGCCGUUCCUGCCUGUCGAAUCGAUCAUACAUCAAGUCAGUCAACACAAAAAGCCAUGAGCGAGAUUCAAGGUCCGCUCAGCGUGGGGAAUGCACAUCUUGAGAGCAGCGAGAGGAGUGAGAAAGAAAUUAUCAUCCCACUACCACUCCCCUUGGAGCCAAUUCCAGCCCAAGGCGGUCCUGAAGCCCCUGAAGUGUCCAGUGGUGAUGAUGAUGAUGAUGAUGAUGACGAUGACGACUUCUUCACUCCGACAGCAACAGUGGUAACGGCCGAUCCCAACAUCACGAUCGAGGUUCUGGCCGCGCUGGAUAGCCAGGCAAGAGCGAGUAUUAUGAAGAAGAGUAUCCAAGAGCAAGCGAAGCUGAUACUAGAGCCCUGCAACCUCGUGUUACUCCCCCUCGGAUCCACACUGAACAACUACAAGAUCUCUGUUCUUGGAAUUGUGCGGGAUGUUGACUGGUACUUUGCGGCAACGGCUCAUACGUACACCACGGACUUUUAUGUAGUGGACAUUGAAGAGUUCGACGUGGUUAUUGGCCAACCGACGAUCAAACAAUAUGGACUUCUCAGAAAGCACACCGAGAUUCCACGACGUGUUCUUCGGCGCCUUUGAG